AUGGAGGAACCCACCAUGGAAACGGAGGCUCAUCACCCACCAGAGGGUGAAUUCCCACCACAUUCACCAUGGGGGGAAAUGGGCCAAUUUACUACUCCUCAGCAUUCGCCUGCCAUGCCAGAGUAUAGUGGGUUUGACUACAGUCAAUCGCAGCUCAUGGCUGUGGACUCGUAUGGCAUGCCAAUACCCCCACCUUACGCCUCUAUGCCACUACCCAUGCCUUCGCAUUCCUGGCCCAGCAUGCUCACACCACAAUCUCCGUUUGCUGCGUCUGGGCUACCUGCUUCUACCCCGACAUCGGUAUCUCCUUCGGUUCUCAUGCCUCCAGUGCGGAAGACCUCAACUGGAGGUACUACACCGCGCAGGACACUUACCGAUGAUGACCGCCGGCAAAUGUGUAUAUAUCAUGAGGAAAACAAGACUGCUAAGCAGACUGACAUUGGAGCAUUGUUCGGAGUCGAAAGAAGCACUGUUUCCAAAGUCCUUCGCCAGAAGGAGAAGUACCUAAACCCCGAAGACGGGAGUCGAUCUCCCAUCAAACGGGCCAAGGGAAGAGUCCCUGAUAUUGAAAAAGCCCUAGCCAACUGGGCCAAAAACUACCAGCGCCAAGGAUAUCCCCUGAACGAUGAUAUGAUCAAAGAGAAAGCACUCUUCUUCGCUAGCACCUGCGGCUGCCCCGAAGGCAAGGACAAGGUCUGCACCACAGCCUGGCUAGACAAAUUCAAGCAGAAGAACAAUCUCCUCGGUGCAAAGGUGCGCAGAGGAUCUACAGAAAUUCGCAGCGGAUCAAACAGCCCAACCCAGCUCAAUACAGACUUUGGAUCUGCUCUCCAAAGCCCCAGCGGUCCCUCGCCCACCUCUCCAGUCGAAGGCUUCGGAUCCCCAUUAUCUCCAACAAGCCAAGAAGGAUUCAAACGGGAUAUGGCCGAAGUACCCGACCUGACAGGGGGUUACCAACACGGCUAUUCCAAGAGUACAACCUCGAUCGACACCUCGGCGGGUAUGGUCAGCCCAACAUCCACUCUGGUCUCUGAAAGCCCUUUCACACCGACAAGUCAAUCCCGUCUCCCAACUGGCCCCAGCAGCGCCAACACCAACAGACCACGCAGCCAGACCUUCCCACUGGUCCCCAUCGAUCCAACACUCCUAUCCGCCGACGAAACCACGGACCCUCAGCGCCAAAAGCGCGAACUCCAGCAAUCACUCUCGGUCUCCACCUUGCAGUCCCCAGUGGAAAUGGACGACUCAAAGCCCGCAUGCCCGGUCCACCAGACAAACGUCAUCAAGCGCAAUCGCAGCAACCCAGAAAUCAAGACAAAUUCCAUGCCGCCGCCAUCAAAGUCUACCACCAUCUCGCCAAUCAGCUCCCCCGGAUCCCCAACACAGGACGAGGCCCGUCGCGCCCUAGAACUAGUCAUCAACUACUUCGACCACCAACCGGCCGGACUCGCCGCACAGGAGUACAUGACCAUCGGAAAGCUAAUGGAGAGACUCGAGCUCGCCAAGAGCCAGGCCGGGUUUCUGUUGGGUGGCUUACCGCGCAUUGACGAACAUGAGGAUAUCCCCAUCCCGCGUGUGACGAAGAAGAGGAGCAUCCACAAUUUGGGAUGA